AUGGAAAUUUCUGUGUCCAAAAGCAAGAAAAAACCAAGAGAUGAUCACAAAGCCAAUUACGUAAUAAUUCCUUUCAAUGAUACUGAGGAGAAUCAACUAGAAAGCCACUGCAUCGACAUAUAUGAUCAUCAUGCUGAGCCAAUAUCAAUGGUGAAUGGUGAUGAAGAAGAUGCUACGACGACGACGAAGAAGAAAAGCAAGAAUACAAAGAAAAAGAACAAAAAUGGGAAGAAAUUAGUCAUAGAACAUGGUGAUAAGCAAGUAAUACCAGAAAUUGUCUUGGAAAAAAAUGUUACUAAUACUGUUAUUAAUCGUUUGCCUAGUGUUCCAAAAGAAAUAGUAAGGAAAAUAGGAUCGUACACUAGCGCACAGAGAAUACUACUCGUUGGUGAGGGUGACUUCUCUUUCUCCUCUUGUUUGGCUGUUGCUUUCGGUACUUCGCAUAAUAUAACUGCCACUUCUCUAAACUCCGAAGACUUUCUGAUCAAUAACUACGCAAAAUUCUUGACCAACAAAGCACAGCUUGAGACUCGAGGCAGCAUGGUCCUUCACGACGUUGAUUCCAGGAUUAUGCUGAAACAUCCAAUUAUUGGCAGCAUGGUAUUUGGUCGUAUCAUCUUCAAUUUUCCACAUGCUGGAAAAUUUGGUAAAACUGAUACUGAACUGCGUUUACAUCAAAAGCUGGUGAGGGGUUUCUUGAAGAACGCAAAGAAGAUGAUCGGAGAAGAUGGUGAGAUACACAUCACCUCGAAAUCGAAUGGAUUUUUUCUUGAGUGGGAUAUCCCAAAAAUUGGAAGUGAUCACUGUUAA